GGACUCCUCGCUUCGCGUAGCGCAUCGACAAGGAUUAGACGGGUAGUGUGAAAAUCAAUGAUUAAAUGUGACAGUUUGUGGUGAAAGGCGGUGCGUCUUGGAGGCUCCACGCUGCCAUCUAACACCCAACAAUAAGUAAGAACUGACAGGUGACCAAGGGUCUGUGUUAUCUCAGACUCAAGAUGAAUGACCUGGAUGAAAAUGGCUGGGGUCACGUUCACCAUGCAGCCUUUCGUGGUUUCAUCAAGUCAGUGGAACGAUUCAUUGCUGCAGACCCUCUUCAGCUGGAACUGGAGACUGGGGAUGACCUACAAUCCACCCCAUUCCUAUUAGCCGUUACAAGUGGCAAUAAGGAAAGUGUCAAAUGCCUGUUGGGGUUGGGUGCAAAGAUAAAUGCGGUAAACACACAGAACCAAGGAGCAGUGGAAAUCUGUGCCUUGAAACAUUUCAUUGAGCUCUUAGAGUUUUUCAUUGAGUACAAUGAUGACAAAUUACCUGUUUGGAAAAACCUGUUUAAGUUUCUGACAUCGGAGACAGAGGAGGAAGUUGAAGCAGCUGGAAAAUGUCUAAGAACUAUGACUCAAGGCAGUGAAGCUGAUGGUGUUAACCCAAACUGGGAACAAGUCUACAAAAAUGGGGGAGUACCUAUAAUGGUUAAAGUCAUCAAAAUGUCAAAUGUAGGGGAGGAAGCCAGAAUUCCAACUAUCAAAACACUACUUAAUGUUAUACCUCAAGCUGAAGUCAAGCAGCAAUUGGUCAACUGUGGAUCAAUCCCUGUUUUUAUUAAGCAACUGAAGUCAGAACAUAUGCUUACUGUGCAGUUGGCAGCUAAAAUUCUUAAAGAGUUGGCCACAGUGAAAGAUUAUGCCAACCUAGCUGCUCAGAACUCAGCUAUACCUGCCCUUCUUAAUGUCAUCAAAACUGUUAAGAAUGAGGAUGUGCUUGUUGAAGCAGUAGAAGGUCUAGGGAACAUUGCAGAAGCCAGUGAAGUCCAUCAAACCACAAUUGGGGGUACCUCAGGAGCGGUGGAAUCAAUAGUGGCACUCUUUGAAGACUGUGUGUUUAAGCCCUUGCUUAUGGCACUUACUAAAGCUAUACGACAAAUUGCAAACAAAAUCCAACAAAACCAGAACGCAUUCAUAAAUGCCAGAACCACUCACCAUGUUGUUUUAUUAACCAAAGGAAGGCACAGAGACUUACAGAUUCAAGCUGUUGAGGCCAUCCAUAGUUUGGCAGAGGAUAAUGCCUACACACAGAAAUCCAUUCUUGACGAUAGAGCAGACAUCAUGCUGAUGCAGAUGUUAAAGAAAAGUCGUGUGGAGAUGCUUCUUGAGAGGACAGCUGUGGCCUUAUGGGCUCUAGCAGGGGACAGUUAUGACAGACAGAAGUCUAUGGCAGAAGGCAUUGGGGUUCCUCAGCUGAUUGAGUUUCUCAACUCUGUGAUGGAACAAUUACAUUUUAUUGGGUCUGAAGGUCUAGGGGUACUAGCACAAGGUCCUAGUAACUUACAGGCUGUCAUUGGGCAAGCAAGCGGGAUCUUACCGAUGGUCCGACACUUGCGUUCUGAUAAGGAGUACAUUGUUUUGAGUGUCAUUCGGACUCUACGUUAUCUCUGCGUGGGAGUGGCUUAUGUGCCAAAUGUGAAGAACCAAGGGGCUAUUUCACAUGCACGUGGUAUACGUUUCUUGGUGGCUUUGCUGGUUCACUCACAAAAUGAAUUAAUUCAGGUAGAAUCAGCAUUAACCCUCGCUGGAGUUGCAUUGGGAAAUGAGGCAAUAUUGGCCGAAAUUCAAAAGAACAUCGACUUCAGCUAUGUAAGGAUUCUGAAGAUGAUGUACGUAAAAGAUGAGAUGGUCCGUCUGUUGGCCGGAGCCUCCUUGGCAAUGUUUGCUUACAAUAACAUGAGUCAACAGCGAGAAAUAGCAGCCCAGGGGGGAGUCCGAUUUAACUGUUUGGUUCCCUUCCUCCAGUCUGAUGAUGAGUUCUUCAGAUGUAAUGCAGCAUUCCAGGUGGUUGUUCUGGCCCGAAUCAUUCCAGAUGAAGAACAGGCAAACUCCUCAGCUGUGGGUAUCAAAUUGCUGACUGAUUUACUACAGGACUCUCAGUCUGAUACAAUCCUGGCACUAGCUGCUGACUGUUUAGCCAGGCUAGCCCACACGAGGGCAGGGGUGCCCAAUGCCAUCAUUGCUGUGGACACAGUAGACUUGCUGUGCAACCUGUUAAGCUCUCCAACAGAGCAAGUCAGGGGCUGUGCCGCCAUAGCACUCGGAUAUCUCUCCCACAAUCAUGUAGGAGAAAGGCAGCUACUGAAGAGGUGUCGAUGUAACCCUUACCUGAUGAAGGUAUUACAGCGUUACACUAACAAAGGCAAAUUGUCUGCAUCAUUUGAAGAAGGCUGGCAGCAUUAUAAGAGGGUCGGACUACCAACUAUUGAAGAGGGUCGCAUUAACCUGGUGGCACCCCAUGCUGACCCCCUCCAGGAGGCCACCCUAAGACCCGAUACAAAUAUCAGCACAGAGGAUGCCGACAAGAGCUCAAAUCAACGAAGCUCCACUUCCAACCUCCAGCUGGCCGAGGACGGCAGCUUGACAGGGCGGUCUUCCAGAGCCUCACGGACUUCUAGACUGACCAAUGGCAUGUCAGUGCUCUCUCUACAGAACAGCAACUCUGGCAGUCAGGCUUCUCAACUUUCAGUAAAUGCUAUUGUACCCGAAGCUUCUACAAAACAUAUAGCUGCUGAAUAUUAAGCCUAGAUCACCAUUUGUAUGGGAAACAAAGUCAGACCUGUUUGGUUUUUUUCAGAAACUACUUGUAAAUACAUUACAAUGUGUAACUUUUGUUUCGUUUUACUUUGGCUGUACUGUAGGUUUAAUGUGCUCUUGAAUUAACUUGUUUUCUACAUUGAAUGAAAUGGAAACAAUCACUGCUGAAAUUAAACGAGAUUAUUGUUGAUUUGUAUAGAUGUCAAUUGGCUGUCGACUUUAGUUAUUUAUAUGUAAAACAGUAUGCUCUUAUUACUGCUGAAAAAUGCUGACAUGCUUCCUUAGCAUAUCUGAAGUGUUCUUCCAUGUGAUUAUUUUUAUUAAUUUAUUUAUCUGAGUGCUAAGGACUCAUUUGUUAUGGAUUUUUCUUGUAACUAUACCUGGUAUAUUAAUAAAGAAGGCUGAUAUCUGAUUUAUUGAAACAUGUCAGAUAUAUGAAUCAGAUAAUAAGAUAUAUCAGAUAUAUGACAAAGAGAUAAUAAAACAGAAAACCUGUUGUCAAUAAACUUGGUAUGUUGUGUAUUAUAGCAUUUGUUAAGCAUGUUAUGUAUCGCAAAUUACUAGCAGGUGUUCCUUUCAAGGGCAUUUGAGUAAAAAUCAUUUCAUUUGAAUGAUAUAUGGUUUUAAGCCUUCCAAACAAAUAACUUAUGUUGAUUUAGUGUGCUCACUAAAAUGCCAAAUACUUUGUUUUUCUCCUUGUUAUUUGCUUGCCAAAGUUUUUGAAGACCAGUACAUUUGUAUUGGCAGGUUAAGCUUUUUUUCCUUUAGAUUUUACCUCCCAUUGCACUUGCUUUUAUUUAUUAAUCUUCUUAAUCUUAAUGUGUUUUGAAUCAUUAUCAUCUGUUCCAACUUGUACUACUACAUGUCUCUUUCAUUUUACUUUUAUUUUCUUCAUUCAUUUUUGAAUUUCCCCAUUUAAUCAGGCAGAACAGCACAUGUUAUAUUUUAUAACAUUGUGUGUACAAUGUAGUUGUAUAUAAGAGGUCCCAAGAAAUCAUUUGAAAGUAAUAUUUGGACAGAUACCCAUAAACUAUUUUUCCUUUGUUUAGAAUUUGUUUUAUUUCUUCUUGGUAUCAUCCAUUAGUCUGUACAGUGACUGACCCCCUCAGUCUACGUUAGUGUUUGUAAAGAUGUGAAACACUGUGUACUUUUUCAUACAUGUACAUUUCAUAAUAAAAUGAAACUCUGAUCUAUUAUUGUCAGAGACUGAAUUGUUGCACUAUGUUUACAGAACUAUUUAUCCUUAAAAUGGUAUGUUUGAUGCCAAUACUUAGGUUUUUCUGAUAAGAUAUAAAACAAAAGGCUAAACUUACAACUAAACUAACAGUACCUCAGAAUAAAAUUGAUUUAUUUUAGAUUAAAUAACAAAUGUACAUCUGUAUCAAACUUUCAUCGAUACUUUUGUAAAGUACGAUUCAACAGUACUUCAACAUCAUACUGAAUAAUGCAGAAGGCAAGUUUGAAAGAUGCCUCAAUGAAAUGCUGGGUGGAAGAUACCAAACAUGAUGACCAACCCUAGUGCUGGCCUUGGGAUUACUAAGCGCUUUUGGACUUCAGCCAAAAUUAUAAUUAACUUUAAAAUUGUUAUUUCUUACAUAACAUGAUUAAAAUAUUGUUUAACAACAUUAAUUCUGGGUAAGUUAUUGUAAUACACAUUUCAGCUAAAAUCACAGAAAGGAACAUAUCAAGUUUAAUGACUGAAAUGUUUACUUAAGUCUAAAAUCUUUUCAUGAUCCUGGGGCCUAGUGCUUUACUUUAAUUGUGCUCGAGAAUAUCUCAAUUUCAUGAAUGACAAGGGUCAGGUUUGGACAUGAGGAAAAAUGCACUGUGCCUAUCUGAGCAACAGAGUCUUGAUGUUCACACACGUCACAGAUAAACCAUCACAAGCUAGGUUCAAACAAACCUCAUUGGUCAAACAUUUUAUUUUUAUCUGAUUGGUGUUUUAUUCUGUAUUCAAGAAUUUCACUUGUACAUGUAUGACAGCGGCCAGCAUUAUGGUGGGAGGAAACUGGGCAUUGGUCAAAGACUUGAGAUGAAUACAAACAUUUUAUUACAUUUUUACAUAAGUAUGUUUUCUGUCAGAAUUUUUUGCUUUCAUAUGAGAGGUGCACAGUCAGAGCUUAGAACAGAAUAACAUUUGAACAAAUGCUGGAAAUCAAAUCAAUUUCAAGAUGCUGUUUCAUAUAUUUUGAGACUUCCAAGCUUUGUAGAUCAAAGCUAGUUUUCACAAAAAUGCCCUGGAAUAACAUCAUCUGAUUAACACUUUACUUGGGUCUGAAAAGGUGCCUCAAUUAAAAAAACAUGAUAACUGCCCAGCUUAGGGAUUAAGAAAUUCCACAGAAAACCAUUGUUCAUCUUCAGAUACAUGUACAUAACAAAGCCCUUGGCAUAAAGCAGCAUCCUCACAGAAAAGAGUUUUACUCAAACAUACUACCUUAGCACUGAAGGACUUCUGAUAAACAGCAAGAAGCUCCUUGAAACACAAAACCAGCAAAGAAUGUGCAGAUGAAACAUGGCUGUCACCCAGUGGGUGCCCUUCAAACUUAAAGUUAACAAAGUCUGCCACUAUUGUUAUACACAGAAAAAAGAAACUAGGCCACAGGUAUCACUGAAAACUAUUUUCAAAAUUCUAUAACGUUUUGAAAGUUGAAAGGAUGGGAUUCAAUAUUAUGGUUAUGAUGGGUAAUUCUAUCUAGUAGCGAUGUUGUAAAGUUUAUGGGCUUGGCCAAUCACUAUCACUGAAGGAGUCCCCGGCAGUGACAUUCAACGGAACAGUCAUACAUUUAUGUGGUGCUACAUCUACAUUCAUUUCUUGAUCAAACACUGACUAAUUAACUCCAGCAGUGGCCAUCUCCUAUUCACUUGGUUUGUUCUCUGUACAUGUGUGUAGGGGGUUCCAGCCAGCAGAAGGGCAUGAUGGGUCGGUAAUGGGCCGUCUCCCACUACCCUGCUUCUCCUGCUGGUUGGGACAGUUGUGGGGACAGCACUAUUAGUUGUAUUGUUCAAUUGUACGCAUGACGGUAUGUACCUUCAGCUUUCAACUACAUGAUGCUUUAUUUUGUUUCAUAUAUACUGAUGUAUUUUUGAUUGGACUCUGAAGUACAUGUUUUCUCUGUGAAGGCCUUGGGAAAGAACAGUUUCAUCGUAAAUUGCACAAGCUACCUUCAACACAUGAAGAUAUUAAGAUGAGGUAUGUGUUCAUGAUGGUACAACCAGUCAUACAUCCAUUUCUUCAUUAGACAUUGAUAAAUGACCUCUCACAGGUGUGAGUUCAUGAAGCACGUGUCCUUUCCUUGACAAUGCCUGAACACAUCUAAUAGGUGAGUUCAUCAAGCACAAGUAUGAUAGGUGACUUGUCCUUUCCUUGAUCAGACAAUGCCUGAACACAUCUAACAGUUGAGUUCAUCAUGCACAGGUAUGAUAGGUGACUUGUCCUUUCCUUGAUCAGACACUGCCUGACCACAUCUAACAGUUGAGUUCAUCACGCACAGGUAUGAUAGGUGACUUGUCCUUUCCUUGAUCAGACAAUGCCUGAACACAUCUAACAGUUGAGUUCAUCAUGCACAGGUAUGAUAGGUGACUUGUCCUUUCCUUGAUCAGACAAUGCCUGACCACAUCUAAUAGGUGAGGUCAUGAAGCACAGGUAUGAUGGGGGACUUGUCCUUUCCUUGAUCAGACAAUGCCUGAACACAUCUAACAGUUGAGUUCAUCAAGCACAGGUAUGAUAGGUAACUUGUCCUUUCCUUGAUCAGACACUGCCUGACCACAUCUAAUAGGUGAGGUCAUGAAGCACAGGUAUGAUGGGGGACUUGUCCUUUCCUUGAUCAGACAAUGCCUGAACACAUCUAACAGUUGAGUUCAUCAAGCACAAGUAUGAUAGGUGACUUGUCCUUUCCUUGAUCAGACACUGCCUGACCACAUCUAAUAGGUGAGUUCAUCAUGCACAAGUAUGAUAGGUGACUUGUCCUUUCCUUGAUCAGACAAUGCCUGAACACAUCUAACAGUUGAGUUCAUCAUGCACAGGUAUGAUAGGUGACUUGUCCUUUCCUUGAUCAGACACUGCCUGACCACAUCUAAUAGGUGAGUUCAUCAAGCACAAGUAUGAUAGGUGACUUGUCCUUUCCUUGAUCAGACAAUGCCUGAACACAUCUAACAGUUGAGUUCAUCAUGCACAGGUAUGAUAGGUGACUUGUCCUUUCCUUGAUCAGACACUGCCUGACCACAUCUAACAGUUGAGUUCAUCAUGCACAGGUAUGAUAGGUGACUUGUCCUUUCCUUGAUCAGACAAUGCCUGACCACAUCUAACAGUUGAGUUCAUCAAGCACAGGUAUGAUGGGGGACUUGUCCUUUCCUUGAUCAGACACUGCCUGACCACAUCUAACAGUUGAGUUCAUCAUGCACAAGUAUGAUAGGUGACUUGUCCUUUCCUUGAUCAGACAAUGCCUGAACACAUCUAACAGUUGAGUUCAUCAAGCACAGGUAUGAUAGGUAACUUGUCCUUUCCUUGAUCAGACACUGCCUGACCACAUCUAACACGAGAGUUCAUCAUCGCACAGGUAUGAUAGGUGACUUGUCCUUUCCUUGAUCAGACAAUGCCUGACCACAUCUAAUAGGUG